CGCGGCCCCGCCCAUCGCCAGCCGCUGGUCGGCCGCGAGAAAGUGCCUUCUGUUUCCUGGAGCCAAGUGACACUGCCCCUCCCGGCCGGCCCGAGAGCAAAAGCCGCCCUCCCUGGGGCAAGCUGUCUCGCUGGGGUGCUGCGCUCAGCCUGGUCCCGGCCCGGGCCCAGCCCGGCUACCCCUCCCUUCCUCUGCCCUCCCUCUGACCUGGGGGUCUCCUGGUCUGCGACUUUCACCCUCCCCAAUUUCUCCCUCCCCUCUACCCUACUCCCCGCCUCCUGUGGCUUCAGCGUGGUGACUGCACAGGAAUUUGGGGUCUCCAGGGCUCUGGGCUGUCCACCACCAGAGCAGAGUCCGGCCGGUCCAGGGCCCAAUAGGCUCUCUGGGCGGGAAGGAGCCUCCAAGCCAAAGUCCUCCGGGGUGGGGGGCAGGGUUGGGCAGGCAUUCUUGGGGCAGGGUGGGGGAGGGGCGAGAAUAUUUUUUCUUCGUGUAACUAUAAAUUCAGAAUCUAUCCCGCAUCCCAACCCGCCUGUGUAUAGAGAUAUAAAUAGAGCGAAAGAUACAAGAACUAAAUUUGCUAAUGACAUAAUCUUAACCCAAAUGCUAUUUAUUUCUGAGUCGUCCUCCCCCAUCCUCUGCAGACAAGUUGCUAUUAUUCCUUCAUUUUCUUCUCCACCUUCUUGGCUUUGACCAAAAAGCGAAUCCUGCCCUACCCCCGUCCAAGACCUGCAGCAGAUGAGAGGGCAGGAGCCCAGAGCGGGACACCAGAGGGGAACCAGCGACUGUCCUUCCUCGAGGCCAGAGCGCGUGCGGCAGGGUGAGGAUAGGGAGGAGGAGGUACCUAGACUCUGUACAUUUUCCAUUUUGGAAUUUUGAGUUCCAAUCAUUGUAAAACCUAAUUUACCCCCAGUUUAUAUAUAUAUUUUUUUUAGAGUUGAGUUUUUAUUUAUUAUUAAAAACAAAAAAGCCCAGCCCUGCCGAGGCCCGGUGUCCCCCUGGGAGAAGGUCCUCGGUCCGGUGGUCUCGAGGCUUGGGUACCGGCAGCCCGGCCAAAGACUCGCUCUGACGCAUGGACUCGAGAGAUGAAAACACUUUAUGUGAAUAAAGUACGUGUGGACACUUGCGAGUCUGUCGCCUCCCAUUCCUUCCAGUGGCAGAGAGGCAGCUAUCAGCAGCCAGUCGGUUGCCGGUGUGGGCACCGGGAUGGAUGUAAGGUCAAGGGAGAAUAGGGGGAGCAGGGAGGGGUUCGGGGAGGAGAGGAAGUUACCUCCUGGGGAUGGGGCGAGGCACCUGAGGUACUCCACUUGAGCCCGUAAGCUCUGCUUGAUUGCCUGAGGGUGGGGUGGGGACCGCAGGCCGGGUUCUGACCCAUCUUACGGCCCAAGCUGGCAUAGGCUUUCUGGGCGGUGUUUAUUCACCACCUGUCUUAGCUGCCACCCUCACUUGCAGGCUGCCUCGCCGGGCCGGCUUCCUGAGGGUGGGGGUACACUGCACGUACCUGGCUCACGUGAAGACAGCCAGUCUCUGCGGGAGGAGGGACAGGGCCUGCAUGCCCGGCGAAGUCAAGGCCCAACCGAUGUCCCUGUUCCCGAAACCGACCGCACCUGCGUCUCAUACUAGAAGCCCAACGUCGGGCGAUUCCGCCCGCCGCCCUUUUCCCCAGCCGCAAGGCUGGGCGGCGUGCCACAGAGAAGGGAGAGUGUCGGGAACGCCUGGGGUUGGAAGGAGAGAGGAAGGUGGGGGUGGGCGUGGGCCGAGCUCCGUGGCCGCCGACGGAACCCAAAGCACGAGGCCAUGACCGCCGGGGGACCGGUGUUCCCACAGCACCUGCCCCGCAUGACCUCCGGCCGUUUCCGGCGCUGGAGGAGGAUGUGGACGAUGAGCGGGGUGCUGCGGCCCUGGGCUCUAAUCUUGGCCCGGUCCCCGGGAGCCCGGACCUACGCUGGGGGCGGGGGAGUCUCCUACACGCAGGGCCAGAGCCCAGAGCCUCGGACGCGCGAGUACUUUUACUAUGUGGAUCAUCAGGGCCAGCUUUUCCUGGACGACUCCAGAAUGAAGAACUUCACCACUUGCUUCAAAGACCCGCAGUUCCUGGUCAUGUUUUUCUCCCGCCUGACACCCAACCGCAGCGGGCGCUACGAGGCCUCCUUCCCCUUCCUCUCGCUCUGCGGCAGGGAACGCAACUUCCUACGCUGCGAAGACCGGCCCGUGGUCUUCACGCACCUGCUGGCCGCGGGCCCCGCGCUCCAGCGCCUCUCCUACUGCGGCGGCGGCGAGGCCCUGUCUGUGCCCUUCGAGCCUGCGCGCCUGCUGCCGCUGGCCACGAAUGGGCGUCUCUACCACCCAGCGCCGGAGCGCGCGGGCGGCGUGGGCCUGGUGAGAUCGGCCCUGGCCUUCGAGCUCAGCGCUUGCUUCGAGUACGCGCCAGGCGCGCCCGAGCUGCCUUCGCACGUGCGCUGGCAGGGCCGCCGUUUCGCACUCACCAUGGACCUGGCCCCGCUCCUGCCUGCUGCCCCGCCGCCCUGAACCGCGGGCCAGCAGUCGCUGGCACCCGCGGCGCCCCGGGCCGCCUCGCUGCGCACGCGCCACCCGGAGAGCGCGCUGGCCGAGUGCGCGUGCGCGGCGAAGGUGCGCCGCGGCCCCGCCCCGCCGGCGCUGUCCGAGGUGGCGUCGCGGACCGUGUCCCGACGCCGGCAGGGGCGGGGUCUCGGGGGCCCCUCCACACACCCCCGGCCUGGGGCGUUUUCGUCCUCUGGUCUGCCCGGAGCUCGCGACGGCGGAUUGGGACGGCCGGGCGGGAGGCGCGGGGGCUCCAGUGCGCGAGCCCGAGCGGCGCCCGUCCCUCGCCCGCUGGGUGCUGCUCUGUGGGCCGGGGUUCGGCGGGGGAGCCGCGCCGCGGGAGCGUCAGGUGAGGGGGCGCCCGGCCCAAGGUCAGCGGGCAUGGGGCGGGAUCAGGGACCAUCCCGGCUCUGUCUCUGGCGACUACCGAGAAGGGCGUGCGACCUGACGGGGACCACGCCCUGCCCUGGACAGACCGCGCCGGAGGGGAUGCAGGGGGCGCCUCGGGAGAUCAAGGUUCGGGCCUUGCACUGCGUGGAAGAGCGAAGCGGGGCUUCCUCCAUUAUCUCCUCACUCAGCCCUCCUCGCACAGAUGGGCCCCCUGGAGACUGACAGCUGUUGCCAAAUCCAGUAUGUUACACCCCACCUCCUACCCAGUCAGAUUAGGAGGGUUUCCGCUGGGUUAAAGUAUUUCUGACCUCUUCCUACUUGAGUCCUCAACCAUGCCCAGGCCAGCUCUUCCACAUGUAUCAACAUCUAUGGGGUGUCCACGGGAGCAGCAAUCCUCUUAAGUCCUUAAGAGGAGGCCAAGAAUCUUCUCUGAGAGGCCCUGCCGCUGAAAGCUGGGUGGGCACCUUAGGCCAGCCCUUUUGCUGAUGGAAGUGGGUCCCAGGGGCUGAGAAUGCCCCCCAACUUCUUGGGGUUCACACACAUUCUGAGACAUCUGGAAAUUGCCUCUGCCUAGACCAAAGCAAUUACAUUAAAACUUUCACUGUG